UCCCAGGAUAGUAAACACACAUUAGAAGUCCUGCAAAAAACUCACGAGGAACUGCAGCGUUAUUAUACUUUAUUACGGAUGAUUAGAGGCGAUCUCGAAAGGAUAGCAAAUAAUUUCAUUGCUAUAAAUAGUGGGGAGAAUGCAACAGUCGAUUUGAAAAAAGAUACAUAAAGUACCAGUCCAUUAAGUUAAAUUUUAUAUAACAACAUGGAGUUUCGUAAAUCUAUAAUAAACAAGAGGCUGGAGACUGUGCUCCAAAAUUCACCGACUUCUUUAUUGCGAAGAAAGUCUGUUUCCUUUCAAAAUCCAGCCACGACUGAUCUCUCGGUGAACGAUGAUGAAGCGGAACGUAUUGCUCGUCGACGUGAGAUUUCUACAACAACGCCAUUAUCUACCAAUACAUCCAGUAAUAAGAGACAUUCUCUUGGUCUGGGAUUCUUAGCGAAUAUCCCGGCACCUCAGAUGGCCGAGAGCAUAAGUCAAUGCAUAAAACUAAAUGCCGAGAACAAGAUUAACAUUAAGAAUGCGUUUAGUUUAGAAAUGAUUGAUUUUAUGAUAUAUAUGAUAAAGAAACAGGAUGUCAAUAUGUCAAAUCUGCAAGUGGCUAGUACAUCCCUGGAUGUGAGUACUAAGAUCUACGGAUUCCGUGUAGAUAGCGUGCAUACCGAGAUUCUUAAAAUAGUGGGCGGAUUGGAUAAACAAGCGGAUGAUAUGGAGCGAGAUGCGGAGGAGUUUAGGGAAAACGCAGAAAAUACAGAAAAAAGUAUAAUAGUGCAAAAAAAGAAAAAUAAAGUCAAGCAAAAGAUUUUUAGCACUGUAGAGGCUCUAAGAGGCAAUAUCGAAAUCCAAAAACCUAUGUCAAUGAUGAUAGGUGAAGGAGAUUUGCAAACUAGUGACAUGUUGUAUCAAGCCAUACUACCGCAUCAUGCAAAUUCCGGCUCUUAUCAGCAUCUAUAUAACGAUGUGUUCGUUGACGUUAUAGAGAAUAAAUCCAGAUUAUCAAAGAGUUCAGAUAUAAAAUACAAUAUACCGACAAUCGAUGACUUCUCGAAUCUUGAGACUAGUGCAUAUUCGAACUUUGAGUUUCUUAACUGGUCUGUGGAAGAUGAGCCAGAAAAAAAUCCGGCCGAAGAAGUCGAACAUAAUGAGAGUAAUCGAUUCCAUUUCGAUCUAGAUGCGAGUGUGGAUCCUGAUGAUGAUAACAAUCCAUUGCCUGAACCAAUGAAUUACUUUGACUUCCAGCACACUGAUAAUAAUGUUUACCAAUGUUACCAAGAGGCAGCGAAACGGCAUAGCGAGAAUAUUCUGGACGUGCGCAACGUUCAGAUAUCAGAGACAAACACAUUCGAAUAUUCUUUCCUUCAGCCGAACAUGAAUUUGCAUUGGGCCGGCCCAUCUCAUUGGAAGUUUCGAAAUUUUGUAAGACCUUCCACUGACAUUGUCGGUAGCAGCAAAGUAGUAGGAACUUGCAUGCAAGCUCCACUACGAAAGAAAAGACAAAUCGAACUGUUGUAUGAAGAGAAUUGCGAUGUAAUCGAUGCAAAGUUUGCGCUAAGCCAUUCUAAUAAAUUACAAGCCAAGACCACGAAAACGGAAUGGAACAUCGAGGACUUAAUAUUACCGGAAGAUGUGCAUUACGAUAUUACGCAAAUGAUAAAACUGUACUUGAAUCCAAGACUGAUUUUAAAGUCGCAAAACGAUGGAAAAGAGGAUGGUAACAACGCCGUGGAUGUGUCAGACAACGAGAGAUAUGAUUACAACAAUCCAAAUGAUACAUUAGAAUAUUGUCCGGAUACAAAUAACGAUGAUUAUGAAGAAGGAGGUAGAGACGAUUGUAACUUCGAAGACGAUGCUAUUGUGUUAGGUAGCCAAAACUUUAUCGGCGAUAAUCUGGUCGCCGCGCCAAAAUUAGCUAAUAAAAUAUCCAUUGCGUACUGCCUAAAGGCAAAGAAGAUCGAUAUGCGACAAUUGAAAAAAGCCAUAUGGAAAUUGUGUACGAAUAACAACGAUGAUUUAAUAAAUAUUAACGAGGCGGAAAACUCCGAAGCGAGCACGAUGAAAAAUAGCAAACAGUUUAAUGAUAUUUACAAGAUGUUACCAAAAUUAUUAACAAAAAAUAAUAUCGAGGCAUUGAGUGUGCCGAUUUCUUUUAUAUCUCUGUUACAUCUUGCGAAUGAGAAAACGUUAAAGAUUCACUCAUUACCGGAUAUGUCCGAUAUUAUCGUCGAGGCAGAUUGAAAAGACGGCUGCUAUGAUUCUUAUGUACAUAUUAAUACGAAAAAUAUUUAAUAAGCCAUUUUUUAUGAAGAAUAUAUUGUAAACAAUAUAUAUCAUGUAUUAUUCGGAAUAUAUUCUUCAUAAAAGAAAGCUUAUUAAGUAAUUUGUUUUAAUUACAUAUUCAUCGAUAUAUGCACGCAUGAAUAGGCUCUACACGUGUUUCUUUUAAUAUUAGACUAAAAAUUAAUUUUGAGUUCAAUAUUAACAAUAAGAGAAACACGUUGCGUCAAAUCGGUAAUUAUUAUAUUUUUUUAAAUAAAAUAUUGUCAAUUGAAUAUUAUAAUCAUUAAAAAUAAUUUUAAUAUCCAUUUCAUUUUUUUUUAGAUGAGAAAAUUUUUCAUUAAAAAAUAAUAUUUAUUAAAGAUAUUUUUAAUAAAUAUCAUAAUUAAAAAAUACUCAUUAUAUACUGUAAAAAUAAUAAUUUCACCAAUAAUUAUCAUGUGUAUAUAUAUAUAUAUUUAAAUAAAGUUUAUUUUGAAGCAUUUUGCACAACACCAUUCUACACAUCUGCUUAUGUAAGUAAAAUAAUUCUGAUCAUAGGAUCGCUUUAUAUAUAUCUUACAGAGACCAGUUCGUUGAAUUAAUAUACACAGUGUUGUGAGCUGCCAGAAUUUUCUCAAAUCGAGCUUAUUAGACAUUAAUGCUGCGCUCAAAUCGCGAUUUUGGUCAUUCUGUCUUUAGUGACUAGGUUAGUAUAUUUAAGUCAUGCAGUAAAUUUAAGUUUUUGCUAAUAAUAAAACAGCAAAUAUCAAAAAAACGUCUCAUCGCUAUACGGAAAUUUACACAAACGACGUAUCGAUUCGUGUAAAUGCAAUAGCAUCCGCUUUGGCAGUAUAAUUUUCCGUUCUCCGAUUUAGUAAUAAUAUAAUUUCUCCUUUUUUCUUAUAUAUCAUAUCGUAACUUAGGUCCUUUUUU